AUGGCGGACAAUCUCCCCACAGAGUUUGAUGUGGUUAUAGUAGGGACAGGUUUGCCUGAAUCCAUCCUUGCAGCUGCAUGUUCAAGGAGUGGUCAGAGAGUUCUGCACAUUGAUUCAAGAGGUUACUAUGGAGGAAACUGGGCUAGAUUCAGCUUUUCAGGAUUGCUGUCCUGGUGGAAGGGCUGUCAGGAAAACAGUGAUGAUGGAGAAGAAAGAACAGCUGCAUGGCAAGACCUAAUCCAUGAAACUGAAGAAGCCGUUACACUUCGCAAGAAGGAUGCAGCCAUUCAACACAUAGAAGUUUUUUGUUACGCCAGUCAGGAUUUGGGUGACAAUGUCGAGGGGAUUGGUGCUCUGCAGAAAAAUCCUUCCUCUGUGGCAUCUAGUACCCUCGGUGAACCUCUGGAUUCUGCAUGUUUGCCCAAAGAAAGGCACUCUUGCAAUACUAACAAUGAAAUGCCUGCCAAAGACAAUCCAGAAAGUGGUAAAGAGACUUCACCAGAAGUAAAUAAUGUAGAGGAAACUCUGGAGAAGGAAAAUGAUUGUGGAGACAAAACUUUUUCUCAUGCAGUUGUGCAUGGAGAUAAAGAUGAAAGGAAACCUGUAGUGGAAGACAACACUGAUCAACUAAAGAGAAAUAGGAUGACUUACCCUCGAACAGUUAAAGAAGGCCGAAGGUUUAACAUUGAUUUGGUAUCAAAGCUGCUGUAUUCUCAAGGAUUGCUAAUUGAUCUUUUAAACAAAUCAAAUGUUAGUUGAUACACAGAAUUUAAAAAUGUUACUAGGAUUCUUGCAUUUCGGGAAGGAAAAGUAGAACAGGUGCUUUGUUCCAGAGCAGAUGUCUUUAACAGCAAAGAACUCACAAUGGUUGAAAAGAGGAUGCUAAUGAAAUUUCUUACAUUUUGUAUAGACUAUGAACAACAUCCUGAUGAAUAUCAAGCUUUCAAGCAAUGUUCAUUUUCAGAGUACUUAAAAACUAAAAAGUUAACCCCCAACCUCCAACAUUUUGUGCUGCACUCAAUUGCAAUGACAUCACAGUCAUCUUGCACUACAUUAGAUGGCCUUAAAGCAACAAAAAACUUCCUUCAGUGUCUGGGACAGUUCGGCAACACCCCCUUUUUAUUUCCCUUGUAUGGCCAAGGAGAAAUUCCCCAGUGUUUCUGCAGAAUUUGCGCAGUUUUUGGUGGAAUCUAUUGUUUCCACCAUAAAGUACAAUCUGUAGUCGACAAAGAUUCUGGAAGAUGUAAAGCAAUUAUAGAUCACUUUGGUCAAAGAAUAAAUGCUAAAUACUUUAUUGUGGAGGAUAGUUACCUUUCUGAGGAAACAUGUUCAAAUGUGCAGUAUAAGCAGAUCUCCAGGGCAGUGCUCAUUACAGAUCAGUCUAUACUAAAGACAGAUUCAAAUCAGCAGAUUUACAUUUUGAUAGUCCCUCCAGUGGAACCAGGAGGUUGUGCUGUUCGGGUCACUGAGUUAUGUUCUUCAACCAUGACAUGCUUGAAAGACAUUUAUCUGGUACAUCUGGCUUGUCCAUCUUCUAAAACAGCAAGAGAAGACUUAGAAUCAGUGGUGAAGAAAUUAUUCACUCCAUAUGAUGAAACAGAAAUAGAUAAGGAGGAACUUGCAAAGCCAAGACUUUUGUGGGCUCUUUAUUAUAACAUGAGAGAUUCCUCUGGGAUUAGCAGAAGCUCAUAUAAUGGCUUACCUUCCAAUGUUUAUAUCUGCUCCGGGCCUGACUGUGGUCUGGGAAAUGAGCAUGCAGUCAAGCAAGCUGAGACACUUUUCCAUGAGAUCUUUCCAAGUGAAGAAUUCUGCCCCCCACCUCCAAAUCCAGAAGACAUUAUCUUUGAUGGUGACGAUAAGCAAUCAGAGACUCCUAGAAACAAUAAUAUAAUAAUGGCCUAACUGGAAUCUACUGAAGAAAUAAAAAACCUAGAAAGCCCAGGGAAGCACCUUUAAAAUUAGAAAAGAGCAAACCGGAAAUUCCAUUGUGGACCUUCAUCCUGGCAUCAGAAUAUUCUCAUUUAAAGGACAGUUUCCUGUAUUAAA